AACAUUCGGUACAAACGCCUCAACAACAACAGAGACACGGUGUGGUACAAGUGCUCUUCUCACAUGAAUUGCUCUGCGACGGCCAAGAUCAAAUUUUUCGCUUCAAGCAAAACGUACACCGCCACAUUGAAUGAAAUCCACAGUGACGUCGUUGCCCCCCUCGAUGCGCAACGGACUGGCAUCCACAAACCCCUUGACGACGAAGUGAACAACCUUUUACUUGGGGGGCAAGGACCUGCAAGGUGUUUGACCACCCUUGAAAUGAAGUAUCGAAAUGACGAAGAAAUGCUGCGCCUUCUACCGGAUGUUGGACAACUCAAGAAUCGAUCGCAGCUCCUGCAUUCUCGAGGCGACUUCGACAUCACUUUGAUGGCGGACAUCUUGAAGUGGGCAUCUCCAAAAAUGUGUAAGACAAAGGAGGACUUUUUCAAAGGAAUGGUUUACAGGAUCGACUUCAACAACUGGACGCUGAUAUCAUUCGGUACCUGUGGCAUGCGUUACACGAAGAAGAAGAAGGAGUACCAAAACAAGUUUUACCCGAUAGCCUUCCUGUUCGUGCGUGCGGAAACAACACUAGCUUAUACAAAGCUAUUCUCUCAGUUAUUUGCUCUGUCUGAAUUAGUCACUCAAAACUGGAGGGACCAACGCCAAAGGAGGUAUGCCAAGUGGUUUGAUGAGCAGUACCUCACGGACCCGUGGGACCUGUGGUUCAUCACCGCCAGCAACGUCGCUGGAAUAGUACCAAACCAGAAUCCAAUUGAAACACACCACAGCGCUAUCAAAAAGGUAGCAGCAGGCCAUUUGCGAGCAGCGAUAUCGCAUGUCUUGGCCGUCACUUUGCCAAAGAUUGUGAUUCACUGCGGUCGCGAUACAAAUACCGAGUUCUUGUGGCCAUUUGCAUUAGGUCCCGUCGAUGAAAAAGUGUAUCAAGCUGCCAAACGGCUCUGUGAACCUGGCAAUCACUACCCAUGCCACGAGCGGAUGUCUAACCGUGAAAUCGCCAACAUCAACCGCUACUACUUCAAUGCAGAUUAUUACCUCAUUCACGAUGAAAAUCUGUACGGGCAAAAGGUCACACACACAAGGACAUCACGUUACGCCAAGUCCCUGGAGGGAGUUCAAAAAAAAGAUGAGGUCGUGAACAGCAUCCAACUAUCGUACCAGUCCCUACACGCUGUGGAUAUUCUAUCGCGAACUCCUAUUGAACACGACUGGGCUUCUUCCAUGUGGUCAAUUGAAGAGGUAACACUGUAA